AUGGCAGUCGUGGAGAACCCUGAGAGCCCGAUCUUAGAAAGCCAGAGCCCAUUCUACUUACAGUGGCGAUCAACUCGCCCAGGCCGUGUUUCAUGGAAGAAGGACGACGUGGUUCAGUUGGCUACAUCAAUGAAGAACAAUCUCCCGAUGGAGGUUGUGACGGUGAUCUCCGAUCCAAACUACAAGGGGGGGUCCUUUGAUCAACCUGAAGAACCCCAUGGCUCGCCCAAGUGCCAGCGAAUUGGCAAAAAACCACGUAUGGCUCCUGCCCCUUGUGAAGGACAGUCCAUCCAAGGUGCCGUCGGGCUACUACAUCUGCCACGCGUUCCUGAUGCUCGACUUCUUGCUGGGGAAGAAGCUUUUCAGGCCUGA